CAAAGAAACCGAGUAGGCUGGGCCUGAUCCUGAUCUCAGCAACGCUGCUGCAAAUCAUCAGCAACUGGAGCUGCCUCAGUGUGGGCCAGGAAAUCGACGAGGACCGGCUCCCCAACCCAUUGCUGAAGCCGGGUCUGUCCAUGUCACCCAGACAAAGGAAGAAGGUCCCCCGCACGACCCCCACCAUGAAAGAGCUCCAGAUGAUGGUGGAGCACCACCUGUGCAAGCAGCAGGCGGAGGAGGAGGAUGCCAGCAUGGGGAGCCAGGAGCCACACAGCCCUGGGUGCUGCCACCACGGUAACACAGACCCCAGCCACAGCCCCAGGGGAACCUGCCCCCUUGCCCAGGCCAAGACCAGGCUGGAGUCUCAGGAGGGUAACCAUGCUGGACCAGACGGGAGUUCUGGGGGUCCGGGGAACCCAGCAAUGUUGGGCAGCAAGGGGAGGACUGUGGCAGCCUCUGCUUCGACGGGAAGUGGAACGAUGCCACCUGCCCCGUGACUGAGCACUGGAUCUGCGAACAGCAGUGCUAGCUGCGUCCCGGAAUCCACAACAGGGACGGGAAGGGGUGGGGGUGUCACGCAGCCUGCACCACGUGGGACAGCUUAGAAGCUAUCAUCUCUCUAUAGCAGUGAUUUUCAGACUACCACUCGUGAAGUGCAAGAAGCUCUUCAAUGUGUCUCCUGCAGCUCUGCAGCACACGCUAUUGAAACAUGGUGAUUUAAUUAUUACCAGAUCUAAGUUAUUAACCAAUGUGGAUGCUUUUACUAUGUUAUUAACCCAUUAAGUUAUCAACUUGCACUAAACUACUAACUUAUUUGUUGUGAGAAUAAUAGAUAUAGAUAAAAAAUGAAAUAUUUCCCAUCAUAAUUUUUAAAUAUGAAUAGUACUAUAGGAAAUGAAACAAUCAAUUCACCUACUGUGGCUCUUUAGCAUAAUGGUGAUGGCUAAUUCAGCUCCUGAGCCGCUGAGGUCCAUGUAUCACUGCUCUACAUGCUGGGCGGCUAUUGCAGCGAGCUGAGCUAUGGGACAGGAUCAUGGAAAGCAGAUGUGGAGAAGCUGACUGGCACUGGACCGUCUAAUCCAUGCAGGAGUUUUCUGGUACCAUCCUGGCACAUCUUUACAUCACUUGUGCCCAGAACCUUUUCGGUAUGUGUGUUUUUAUAGCAUCAGCCCACUUCAUGCCAGAUUCUGGGAGCAGGGUCUGCCUCUGGCUCAGAGCUGAACUUUGUUUUAUAUCAACAAAGUCUUGACCAUUACCUUAGCUCAGGCCUUAGGCCUCAGACCGGGCCUCUGAUACAAGGACUUUUCUUUCAGGACCUCAUCUUACUACAUUCCCCCACUUUUUGUCUUUUUAUGGGGAGGAUGUUUUCCCAUCAUCCCAGAAAAUCAUAAUGCGUGGAGUAAAGAGAACCCAGUGGGCUAAACAUUAUUAUGUGGUUACCUUAUUUUACCAUCCAUACACUCAUGCCCCAUCUGUCCCUUAGUCGGCACAUUCCCUCGUACGACUGCUAGACAAAUUUUAUUAUCCAAUUAUUAUUAGUCCCUUAUGGUGGGCCUGGGAAUGUUAGUUUCGGGACCUCGACUGAGUUGUGGGGUCUGUGCUUGUGUGUUGUUGACUUCACUGAAUGGUAU